AUGUCCUCCCAGCAGACCGGCAAAGACUUUUCCAAGGGGUCUUCGCAGGACACGAAGGGUUCGUGUCCCACCCCGGCGCCCGACACCUCCUCCUGCUGCGGCUCGGGCUGCUGCAGGGACUCGGGCUGCUGCGGCUCCAGCUCCGUCGGCUGCUGCUGCCUUCCCCUGAGGCGCCGCCUGCUGGGCAGCCGCUGCUGCUGCUGCUGCACGGACAGCAGCCAGAGGUCCCGGUCCUCGAGCUCCGACUGCUGCGGCGGAUGCUGA